AUGGCGGAUGCUGCGGGUCGUCUGAAACGGAUUCGGACGGUCCGUAAGAUGGUUCGGGAGCGGCAGACCGAAGUUUUUGAGCGUGGUAUGCAGGAGGUUGACAGGGAGGAUGGCGUCCUGGCGGACGACGAAGUCCUACCUGCCUUGGAUGCUUACGAGAGGUUCGUCGUUAGUGACCUCCAGGCAGUGGGUCUCGGGAAUGAUCCUCCUUGGUCCCUUUUUGGUUUUGGUGACGAGUUUGUGGGUUUGGGUCCUCUGGUGGAUGGCGCGGGUGCGGGGAGUGUUGGAGGUUCCUCGGCUACUCAGGGCUAG